CAAGCUCAUUCUCACAGAAGCCUGUUCAAUUCAGGAAGUUUUUUCCUCCUCUCCUCCUUUGUUUUUCCUGUUCAGAUGGGCGGGUGUGAAUCCCACCUUGGCGUGGCUUCUCCCUCGCCGCCUUCAAACAAUCGGCGGUGAAUGACCGAAACUGCGGAAACCCAGCAGAACUACGAGGAGAUGUUCGCAGACAGGUUCUCCUCGGAGGAUCAGGAGUACCAGGAGUAUCUAAACCGUCCUGCAGACCGCCCUCCCAUCGUGGAGGACUGGAGGGGUCGUGGGGGAGGAAACCAGAGGGGCAGAGAUAACAGGUACCAUGACCGUGGUCACAGAGGACGUGGAUGGGGAGGAGACCGCGGUUGGAGACGAGAUGAUCGUGGACAGCAACAUUGGCGAGACAGAGACCGAGACAGAGAGCGAGACCGAGACAGAGAGCGAGACCGAGACAGAGAGCGAGACCGAGACAGGCACUGGGGUCAUGGAAGUGGGUCUUAUUCAGGUCGGCCAAGCUCCAACCAGGGAUACAACUUCUCCCAUCAGAGACCACAUCAUGAUCGCUGUUGAUCUCUCAGGUGUUCCAAGCGUUUAAAGUAUUUGUAAUCUUUCAGCUCACAUUGUAGUACUAUAUGCAGGAGUGUGCAACUAAUGUUUCUUCCAGUGAUUCAAGAUGCAUAUAUAAGCCAGGAUGAGCAAUGUAUAAACUAAAAAGUCUUUUGUGUUUAUCAUUUUAUUUUUGAUGCACUGAUUUUUACUCUCCAAAUUAAAAUUCCUGGCAGGUAAAUGGGACUGUGUAAAGCUGCUGCUUUUCUUUUGGAUUUCCACUUAGCUUUUUUCUUUUUUUCCCCUCCUUCGUCAUACCUAACCACAGUAAUGUUUUCCCAUGUUAUUUCACACUGCUCAGCUCUGUUGUCAUAUUUGGAUAUCUUAACAGGAGAUAGCUUUGCAGUGGAGCUCACACUGCAAAUGACUGUUUCUCUCGGGUUUGUGGGCUGCUGUAUAAUUUCAUUAGCACAUUAUUGCUCUGAAAUUUCACAGGAGCAUUGUUUUGUUUAUUUUCUGCUACUGUUUUAUAUGCUUUGGUAUAAAAUUGUGUGGUACAGUGUUGUAACAAACACUAAACCUGAAUUUGUGGACAAAACGGCAUCAGUUUUCUGUGUCAGAAUGUUAUGCAAGGACAUGUAGACAUAAGAACUAAUCUGCUGUCAAUAAACUUGUACCAUUUUUCUUUAAAUAAGA